CCCAAACACCUGGACACAGAAGGAAAAGUUACAGAAAGCAUGGGUAGAGUGAGGUCAGCCAGGCAGCCAGCAGGGGCAAUGCCAGCACGACAGACAGAGCAAUGGCAGACAGGCAGCCAGCAGGGGCAAUGCCAGCACGACAGACAGAGCAAUGGCAGACAGGCAGCAGAGGGGCAAUGCCAGCACGACGGACAGACAAUGGCAGACAGGCAGCCAGCAGGGGCAAUGCCAGCACGACGGACAGAGCAAUGGCAGACAGGCAGCCAGCAGGGGCAAUGCCAGCACGACGGACAGAGCAAUGGCAGACAGGCAGCCAGCGGGGGGCAAUGCCAGCACAACAGACAGAGCAAUGGCAGCCAGCAGGUGCAAUGCCAGGACGACGGACAGAGCAAUGCCAGCCAGGCAGCCAGCAGGUGCAAUGCCAGCACGACGGACAGAGCAAUGGCAGCCAGCAGGUGCAAUGCCAGCACGACGGACAGAGCAAUGGCAGACAGGCAGCCAGCAGGUGCAAUGCCAGCACGACGGACAGAGCAAUGGCAGACAGGCAGCCAGCAGGGGCAAUGGCAGACAGGCAGCCAGCAGGGGCAAUGCCAGCACGACGGACAGAGCAAUGCCAGACAGGCAGCCAGCAGGGGCAAUGCCAGCACGACGGACAGAGCAAUGCCCGCCAGCGCACAGCACACAGCGAUGCUGACAAUGCCCGCCAGCGCACAGCACACAGCGAUGCUGACAAUGCCCGCCAGCGCACAGCGAUGCUGACAAUGCCCGCCAGCGCACAGCACACAGCGAUGCUGACAAUGCCCGCCAGCGCACAGCACACAGCGAUGCUGACAAUGCCCGCCAGCGCACAGCACACAGCGAUGCUGACAAUGCCCGCCAGCGCACAGCGCACAGCGAUGCUGACAAUGCCCGCCAGCGCACAGCGCACAGCGAUGCUGACAAUGCCCGCCAGCGCACAGCGCACAGCGAUGCUGACAAUGCCCGCCAGCGCACAGCACACAGCGAUGCUGACAAUGCCCGCCAGCGCACAGCGCACAGCGAUGCUGACAAUGCCCGCCAGCGCACAGCACACAGCGAUGCUGACAAUGCCCGCCAGCGCACACAAGCACUAAAUACACAAGCCUCUAAACAAACAUAUGGUUGUUAUUGGACCUUUCCUCCCAAAUUGAUGACACCCCCUUUGUGUUACCCCCUUUGUGUUACCGCCCUUUGUGUUACCGCCCUUUGUGUUACCGCCCUUUGUGUUACCGCCCUUUGUGUUACCGCCCUUUGUGUUACCGCCCUUUGUGUUACCGCCCUUUGUGUUACCGCCCUUUGUGUUACCGCCCUUUGUGUUACCGCCCUUUGUGUUACCGCCCUUUGUGUUACCGCCCUUUGUGUUACCGCCCUUUGUGUUACCGCCCUUUGUGUUACCGCCCUUUGUGUUACUUUCAUAUAUUUAUUUAGAGGCAGGAAAAGAAACGAGUGAGAGCUACAGAACCAGUCUAUGGAAUGAUGGAAUCACACAACCCGUGAACCUAGGACUCUGCUAACGAGGUGAUGGAAGGAAAGCUGGGUGACGUACAAUAUGGCCGCCAUGACAGCUCCAAUAGGGGUUGUCACCCAUCUUUCCCAGAUUCCUAAAUGGAGAGUUCUAUGAUGUCUGGAGCUGCACCUCAGUGACCUGCAGGCCAGGAUCCGGAGGACUAUAUCUGGGAGGAUCCUCUGCCUGCAGGAUGAGGAGGAUGAUGAUGAUGGAGGGUGAAU